UUCUCGUCAGUUUCAUUCACUAUGGCGAUGCUCAGCGUAACAGUGCUCACCAUCUUGUGGCUUGGGCAAUCAGCCAGGGUGGUUUGGACUCAGGGCCCUCUUCCAGCCCCUUCGCUCUCUUUCUACCGCCCCCGUUUUGGCCGCAACAUCCAACUUUUCUCAGACGUGGAGCUGAUCUGCACACUUCCGACCAAUGUUAGAUUGCCAAUAACUGUCUCUUUUAGCUGGGCCAACCAAUCCCUCUCUGCAAUACAUUCCCUCACCAUACAAAACAGAGAUGAUGUCAGGUUCACCACGAAAGCCAUUGCAGCCAAUGAGGGGAUCUACGUAUGCUGGUACAAUGCCAGCAAUACUGGAGACGUGUCGGGAACAAGCAAUCCAGCCAACCUUACCAUCUCCUCUCUUCCAGGGCCAAUUUUGGUGGUGCCCCCCUUCAUACCCAUCGGAGGAAACUACACCAUCAGCUGCCAAACUACCACCCGCUUCCCCAACAGAACCCUGGCCCUUUACUACAGACAGCUGCCUGUUACUGUCGGAAACGAGAUCUUUAAGCUUCAGGGGUCAGCGGCCCUUCUUGACAGACACGAUUCCAUUACACUGAGCAAGUGGCUAGUGGACGGCACAGAAACCUUCGAGUUUGUCUGCAGACUGGAGAUUGUGGACUUCAACCAGCAUAUUUACCUCUCUCCUCCCUCCAGUCCCCACCCAGCUAUUGCAGAGGAGGCGCCUAUCCGUCUUGUGCCCCAGUAUCAGGGCUCCAAGUGUCUGGGACAACUGGAGGUGCAGGUCAGAGGAAGCUGGGGCCCUGUGUGCCAACAGAUAGAAAGCUGGAACCCGGCAAUGGGUAGCGUGGUUUGUCGAGAGCUGGGCUGUGGGACACUAUCUUCCGUCUCGACGAAGCAAGACUACAACCAUAAGGUUGACUUCUCCAUCGGUUCCAUAUUGUGCAGAGGAAGCGAGGGACGACUCAGGGAGUGUCAGAUUGAUGAGGUGCAGCCCCUUUGUAACUCAAGGAAGGGGGUGAAAAUGGUUUGCUCAGAUGCUCUGCCAACUACUAAGAUCUCAGUCACAGGCUACAGAGAGGUAUCGAGAGUCGACAUCAGUGAUGAGCACUCGUUGGAAUUGUCCUGCAUGUUCAAUGCCCCUUGGUUUGGUACGGAAAAGCUUUUCAUGGACUUGACGAGGGUCUCCAUAGAUUCGUACAUUAACGUAAUCGACAAUGUGCAAAUCGCCUCAGGAGAGGAGAUGAGGACCAUGCUUCAUGCCCCUGUCUUAUCAGGAGAGUAUGCCUGUAGAAUUAGAGGGUCUGAACAGACUGUGUCCUCAGUGAGGAUCUUCGUGAGCAAAUGGUACAAACCAAAUGUUGGACUCAUCAUCACGGCUCUCCUUACAACCGCAUCUGGAGCAGCCAUAUUAGUGUAUAUGUGUGUCUAUCGGGUCCAGAAGGGGGAGACAGAAAAUGCUGUCACUUCUCAAGGGGUGUCCACAGCUGACCCAGAGGCCUCACCAAGAAUGGAGAGUGUCUAGAAACAUGCAGGAAGCCCCCCCCCCCCCCCCCCCCCGAAAAUCUCCAUAAAAUCCCUAUGCAGUAAACUUUUUGUGUAUUUACAAUUAAAUAAAACGUAUGGGCCUGUCUGAAACGUCACCCUAAACCUUAUAUAGUGGCCUACUUUCUACCAGUCAUGUGGCUCUGGUGAAGACAUUGUGCACAGUAAAGGGACCCACUUGGCACACACUGGUUGAAUCAAUGUUGUUUCCAUGUCAUUUCAAUGAAAUGAUGUUGAACCAACGCAGAAUAAACGCUUCAUUUAUGUCUGUGCCCAGUGGGGAGUAGGGUGACAUUUUUAAUUUGCCCUAUAGGUGAUUCCUCACGAAACUAAAACAAAAAAAGACCAUGAUUUUGGGGAUUUUCACUCAAAUUACUCCGCGAACGUAUUAAUGUCCCAAAGUGGGUUCUCUGCUAGUCUUAACGUUAUGGCCCAUUUUAUACAGAGAAAUUGGCUUGGUAGGCAAUGUAACCAAUCACAGCCCUCCUUGGACAUCCUGCAAAGCACCAACACAGAGGGCGACCAUUUUUUAUACAUUUUCACAUUCACUGUGUUGGUGAUGCUUACAAAGUGGAUCAUAACUUGAAAGUUGAAUGUUGAUAUGUCUGUAGAGUAUAUUAUGUUCAACAAUAAAUAGAAUAUUUAGCUCAAUCAAAAAUGUGAUAUUUUCAAUAUGCACGUUUACAUGUUUCAAAAUUUGUACAUUUGUUAGAAAUGUGUUAUUGAAAUCAAAAUACUACUCAUAUUACAGAGCAAGGGGAGAAGCUUCACACCAACAAUUGCUUUAUAGCACCUACAGAUGAAACAUGGAGUCUUAAAGGAGGCCUGGGUUAGGCCAAAGUGUCAUAGAAUAUUCUAACUUCAAUUAAUUAUUUCCCAAUUAUGUUUUGUGUCAAAUAUAUGUCAACAAUCUUUCCUUCAACAGGAUUAAAUCCUUCUAUGUUGUGAAAAUCUGAAAAUCAUGGUCUUUUUUUGUUCUAGUAACAUGAGGAAUCACUACUACAGUAUGUCUGUUUUUUUAAUAUAUUUUUUUAUUUAACUAGGCAAGUCAGUUAAAGAACAAAUUCUUAUUUUCAAUGACGACCUAGGAACAGUGGGUUAACUGCCUU